AUGAAUAAGCUUUUAAAAAAUAUUAGCCCAAACUCUAUCAAAAAAGAUGAUAUUAUUAAGCAGUCACUUACGACGCAUUUAUCUAAUACUGUUAAAGAGAUACAAUAUGCCGAAAUUGAAGAAAGCGGGUCUAAAACCGUUGUUGAUGCUACUGAAGCCGCUAACCAAUUAUGUUCUAUUAUUGAGGCAAUGUUUUUACAUGGAAUUAGGAGAUCGUUAACACAUAGAUUUAAGAAAGUUUUAGCCGAUAUAGACCUAAAGCCUGAAGCACCUAAUUUUUGGCCUCCUGUACUAGUAAUAUCUCAUAGUCAGAUCAUUGAUCAGAUAUCCAAGUUAACACAAAUAAACUCUGAAAUUGGCCAAUGCAGAGCUUGGGUUCGAACGGCCUUAAACGAUUCCCUACUGUCUUCUUACCUUUCUAUAAUUCGACAAAAUAGUUCUUCUAUUAAGUCUUACUAUAACAAUAAUGCAUUUAUUCGUGAUAAUGAAGUGUUAGAGGUUGCACAAAAACUCAUUGAAGGAGUAGAAUCUGUUAAAAAAUUUGAUUUGCCAACUAAUUCGAGCCUUUUAAAUAAUUGGCAACCUCAGAGCUUAGUUUUGGCCGGGAUUUGGUCGCCAACCUUAAAAAAUACCCCUCUAGCUCCAUGUGACGAUGUAGCUUCGAUAAUUGAUGAAGAGAUAAGCAAUCAAGAGGAAGCAUCCGCGUCAGAUACAGCUUCUGUUUGCUCGGCUAUAUCAUUUGGUUCACAAAUUUCAAAUUUAAAACAAGUAGCUUCUUUGUCAGAGGAUGAGGUACUAAAAAUCAUUCUCGCAAAAAAUAGAGAGGUUAAUGAAGUUACUCAAAUUUCAACAAAGGAUGAAUUAAACCAAUGUGUUGUUGAAGAUGGUAUCAAUCAUAAUAUUGGGAAUUCUCUGAAAAGGGCUGGUUGGUCAUUUGAUGAGAUUAAAGAUGAAAAGAAAACUGACCAUGAAACAGUAGAUGUAACUCGAAACAUUUCUUCUCCUAUAGAAAUGACUAAAUCCAUGGAAGCAAGUUUUUCCGAUCUUGUAGAGAAUUAUGAUCUAAUAGGGGGAAGCUACGUCAGAACUCCGGAUAUUAAAGGUCUCUGGCAAAAAUUUGAAGAUGAAAGAAAUGAGGACUCUAGACCCACCACACCAUCUUCUACAACACUUGACAAGAAAAUAUCACCUAUGAAUCCAACCAUUACUCUAAGUAGGUCUGCGUCAAUGUCUUUUUCUGCAUUGUUAUUUAGAAUCCCAUUAGAGAAAGGUCUUGAUUCUCAGGAUUUCACGUGCGCUGGUUGUAACGUCCAAUUCACUGCAGAUCAGAAGUACAACGUUUGCUAUUAUACCGGCGAAUAUUUUUGCGACAAGUGCAUGUGCCUUGAAGAAAUAACCAUCCCAGCAAGAAUAGUACAUAACUGGGAUUUCAAAACAUGCCCAGUAUCACGAAAAGCAUUUAAUUACCUUGACGAAAUAAAAGACCAUCCUGUAAUUGAUUUCAAAAUCUUAAAUCCGUAUAUUUAUCGGGUAGUAGAAGAAAUGGCGGAAUUACUAACUUUAAGAAAUCAGCUGAAUUUACUAAGAGCGUACCUCUAUACAUGUCGAAAACCUAUUAUUGAGCAAUUACAGAAACAAAUGUGGCCUAAGGAAUACAUGUAUGAACAUAUUCAUCAAUAUUCCUUGUCAGAUCUCCAUGAAAUACAAAGCGGAAACCUAGCUCAGCAGUUGGAAAAAGUAGUAAAGUUUGGUCGCGAUCAUGUUUUUAAUUGUUGGCUAUGCAGUCAAAAAGGAUUUUUUUGUGAAAUCUGUAAUGAUUCGAAAGCACUAUUCCCUUUCGACGUUGAAAGCGUAUUUAGGUGUGAUAUAUGCAAUGCAGUUUACCAUAAAAAUUGUCUUAAUUCCUUAAUACCAUGCCGAAAGUGUGAAAGAAGAAAGAAACGAGAAGAAUUACCACUUCUGCGUGCUGUAAGAAUGGAGUAAACAUUGACAAACUACUGGUUACUUUAUUUAAUUUGUUAUGUUAUUUUCCUAGUUAAGUGUUUUUAGUUUUUAAGUUUAGUUGGAUAUGGGGCCAAAUAAAACUCAAGCCUUGUCAAUGUUUCGUUUCAUGCUUUAUUGGUCACCUAAUAGCUCUUUUUGGUCUACAUUUUAUUUAACUAAUGUAUUUUGUUAGAAAAGGUAAAAUUAUUAGCAAAUUUUAUUUCAUAAAUCCAUAGUGGUGCUUGCGUAUUUAUCGAAAUCAAGUUUUCGAAUUCUCUUUCCUUGGGGAUUUUCAAGGAUUCGAUCUGCCUCGAAAAUUGUGUAAACAUGAAUAUUCUUGAGUAAUGAAGUUUUUCUUUAGAUUCUGCUGCUGCGGGAAAAUACAGAACAUUCUGGGUUUUUAAGCCCCGAGCAACAUGCACUCCUAUUGAUUUAUGUAAAAAAAACUUUCUUUUUCGUGCCAGAUUUUGUGUAAUAUAGAAUAUUAUUUCAUUAAUUUUUAUGGUUGUGUUUAGAUCAUAAAAACAGUUUAGGAAUGUAAAGGGGAUGUUUUUUUUUAAAUUUUUGGAUAAAAUCGCUGUAAUAUAAUGAUAAUUUCUGAAUGUGAUUGUGGAAUUUAAUAUUCUAAUUAACUUUGUAGAAUUUUACAGAAAUAUUAAAAGGAACGCAUAUUUUACCAAA